UACAUUGGUUUGAUAGCAGGUUGCUAAAUGAAUUCCGAUUUCUUACGGUGUCUUUCAUGCCUUAGCAUUCGAAAAAAUAUGACUUCCACUAAGUGGGUCCUCUCAAAUUAGACAUUCUAAGACUUAGACAGCUUAGAGCUUGUUUUUCUUGGCAAGAUAAACAAGUGUAAACACCGGAACAAAGGAAGAAUUCAUGAAACGUUGGUCUUCGGGCUUUGUCAACGAUGGAAAUUGGCAACGAAGAGGAGAAAACUGUCCCAUUCCUUUCUCAAUCUUCAACAUUUCUUCACUGCAAAUAAUUAACCUCGGAUACAACAUGCUCUCUGGUCAUCUCUCCUCGAAUACAUUUGAUCAACUUGCUAUGUUACAAGAGUUUUGGUUGGACAACAAUCAUGUUUCUGGAAGAAUUCCCACGAGUUUAUUCAAGUGCAAACGUUUGGAAUAUUUAUACUUAGCGGAAAAUCAAUUGGAGGGGAGUGUGCCGAUCGAAAUUGGGAAUUUGACUUUGCUUAAGUUUUUGGCUCUCCAAAACAACCGCUUCCAAGGUGUAAUUCCAUCAACUAUCAGGCGCUUGACUCUUCUUACAUAUCUUGAUUUUUCUUCAAACAAAUUGACAGGACGGUUACGAAUUCUACCGCCUUCGUUGCUUUGGUUCUUCGCUGCAAGGAACAAAUUAGUUGGAAAUAUCCCUGCCUCAAUUUGCAAUGUCAGCUCCCUUAAAGAUCUCGACUUGUCUGAAAAUUCUUUGGGUGGAAUUAUUCCAAAAUGCUUUUGGAAUUUAAGUUUCUCUCUCAUUGACCUGAAUUUACAGAAGAAUAACUUCCAUGGUAUAUUAUCAGCGGGAAUAAUAUUUCCUAAAAGUUGUUUUUUGAGAAGUUUCCGCAUCAAUAGCAAUCAAUUUGAAGGGCCAGUACCACAAUUUUUGGUCAACUGCAAGGACUUGGAAAUUCUAGACCUCGGGCACAAUAACUUCAAUGAUACCUUUCCUGUUUGGUUAGGAAAUUCGAAUAACCUACAAAUUCUUGUCUUGCGAUCCAAUAGAUUUCAUGGUCAGAUCAUCAAUUCAGAAGUUGCAUCUUCCUUCUCUCACUUACGGAUCAUUGAUAUAUCUCAUAAUGACUUCAGUGGUUGCUUGCCUUCAAAGUUUUUCGAAGGUUUGCUCGCUAUAAGCAAUGGGUAUGAAAAGACAAGUGAACCAAGGUACAUAGGCUAUGAAUAUUCUAGCAAUAUUGCGUAUUAUGUUGACUCUUUCUUUAUCACAAUAAAAGGUCCUGAGUUGGAGUGUCUGAGAAUCAUUAUCUUUUAUUUGAUGGCCAUUAACUUUUCAAAUAAUCAAUUUAAUGGACAAAUUCCCAAGAUAAUCGGAAAACUUCAGUCACUUACGGCCCUCAACCUCUCUCAUAAUAGUUUAACAGGUGCUAUUCCUACAUCAUUAGGAAACUUGUCAAAUCUUGAAUCAUUGGAUCUCUCGUCAAACAGACUUGAAGGAAAAAUUCCAGCGCAAUUAAUAAAUCUUGUGUUCUUAGAUGGAUUAAACUUUUCUUGGAAUAAUCUCAUGGGACCCAUUCCUCAAGAAAAUCAGUUUUCUACCUUCUCAAACGAUUCCUACAUCGGAAAUUCAGGUUUGUGUGGAUUACCAUUAUCAAAGAUCUGCGAUAAUGAUGAGGGUUUGGAACCACCUCCAGCAAUAUCGGAUGGAGAUGAUGACAUCACCAGAGCAUUUGAUUGGAGAUUUGCUACAUUGAUAGGGUAUGGAUGUGGGCUGGUGUUUGGAUUUAUCAUGGGAUACAUUGUGUUCACAACCGAAAAACCAUGGUGGUUCAUAAGGAUGACUGAGAGAGUUGAGCAAAAAUAUGGUACAACGAUAUAUACAAUACACUUAAUGUUCCUAGGUUGGAUAUGUUCCAAUUAAGGAUCAAUACUCCCAAGGGAAGCUAAUUCGUCCACUGAGACAUUGGCAAAAGUAGGAUUCAAGCCCUGUGUGGUACGGGUUCUAUCAUUCUGCAUAUUGUGGUGGACUUUCUCGUAGGAUUUUGACAAGAAGAUGAGUUUUCAAGCCCUGUGUGGUAUGGGUUCUAUCAUUCUGCAUAUUGUGGUGGACUUUCUCGUAGGAUUUUUACAAGCAUAUUCUCGUAGCUUUUGUUAGUCAAUAAUUUCAGUUGUGUUGGUCUUAUCCUACUUGCUUAUAGAUGAUUUUCAUGUAAUUUUGUUGAGAUUAUGGUAUGUAUUUUCGACAUGAUAUAUAUCUUCAACUAUCCUAUAUAUAACU